AGUCUCAUCAGAUUCUUGAUUUUGAGAAGUUAAUUGCUGCAGUUUGUCGUUAGUUGUCUCUUCCCCUUUACUGAAGUUAAUGGCUGAGUGAUAGGCUUGAUUUGAGGAAUUUGAUUACAUAUAGUUGAUUUUUUUUUUCUUUAAAAAAAACUGGGGUGGGCUGCUGCACGAACCCAACCCAUUCUAGUUCCGUGCCAGGCUUUUGGGAUGGGAAAUUUCGGAGCAGAGUUCGUGGUCGACCCAGAAUUCAUGGUCGAGACUUUGAAGGAUGCCUUCCAUGGUAUGACUUUCAAAGCAUUGAAUACUUAUGGACGAGACCUCGUUAAGCAGGCUGCUAGAAAGCUUGACCCAGUUAUUGGCCGAGAUGACGAGAUAAGGAGGGUGGUUCAGAAUCUCUUAAGGAGAACUAAGAACAACCCGAUUCUUAUUGGAGAACCAGGAGUUGGAAAAACUGCUGUAGUUGAAGGCUUGGCUCAGAGGAUAUUAACAGGUGAUGUCCCAAGUAGUCUCGCAGAUGUUAGGGUCAUAGAAUUGGAUAUGGGUGCUUUGCUGGCAGGAACACAGUAUAGAGGAGAACUUGAGAAGAGGUUUAAGGCUGUGUUGAAAGAAGUGGAUAAGGCUAAUGGUAAGGUGAUUCUAUUCAUUGAUGAGAUUCACCUUGUUCUUGGUUCUGGUACAGCUGAUGGGUCUAAUAUGAAUCCUGCCAACCUCCUUAAGCCAAUGCUUGCUAGAGGUCAGCUACGGUGCAUUGGUGCGACAACUCUUGAGGAGUAUAGCAAAUUUGUAGCUAAGGAUGCUGCAUUUGAGAGAAGGUUUCAAAAGAUCUUUGUGGCUGAACCUAGUGUUGAAGACACAAUCAGUAUACUUCGAGGCCUGAAAGAAAGAUAUGAAAGUCACCAUGGUGUUCGAAUUUUGGACCAGACCCUGGUUGUUGCUGCGCAACUUUCAAGCCGAUACAUCACAGGGCGUCGUCUCCCUGACAAGGCAAUUGAUCUAGUUGAUGAAGCUUGUGCAAAUGUGAGAGUCCGACUUGAUAGUCGACCUGAAGAAAUUGAUUACCUUGAAAGAAAAAGAAUGCACCUGCAAGUUGAGGUCCACGCACUUGAUAAAGAAGAGGACAGACGUAGCAAAGCUCGUCUUUUUGAAAUUCGGAAGGAGCUUGAUGAAUUGGGAGACAAGCUUGAGCCCUUGCUCAUAAAAUAUAAAAACGAGAAGGAAGGGAUUGAUCAAGUUCACCUGCUCAAGCAAAAGCGUGAAAAGCUCUUAUUGGCUUUAGCAGAAGCUGAAAGAAAUUGUGAUUUUGCCAAAGCUGCCGACUUGCGUUAUGGAGCUAUUGAGGAAAUUGAAUCUGCCAUUUCAAAACUUGAAGGGAGCAGCAAUGAAAACAUGAUGUUGACAGAGACUGUUAUUCCAGAACACAUUGCAGAGGUUGUAAGCCGUUCUACUGGCAUACCUGUGACAAGGUUGGACCAGAAUGGGAAAGAGAGGUUGAUUGUACUUGCUGAGAGGUUGCAUAAAAGAGUAGUUGGACAAGAACGUGCAGUUGAUGCUGUUGCAGCCGCGGUGUUGAGGUCAAGAGCUGGCUUAGGACGGUCAGAACAGCCAACUGGUUCAUUCCUAUUCUUGGGUCCAACUGGUGUCGGAAAAACUGAGCUUGCCAAGGCUCUUGCUCAGCAACUCUUUGAUGAUGAAAAUUUGAUUGUGAGAAUAGACAUGUCUGAGUACAUGGAGCAUCACUCUGUGUCACGUUUGAUAGGUGCUCCUCCCGGGUACGUUGGUCAUGAGGAUGGUGGGCAACUCACUGAGGCCGUAAGACGAAGACCUUAUAGUGUUGUAUUAUUUGAUGAAAUGGAAAAGGCCCAUCCCUCCGUGUUUAAUAUUCUCUUACAAGUGUUAGGCGAUGCAAGGUUAACUGACACACAAGGUCGUCUUGCUGACUUUAAGAAUACUAUGAUUAUUAUGACCUCUAACCUUGGAGCAAAGCAUCUCUUGUCUGGUUUAGAGGGAGAGUGUUCAAUGGAAGUUGCUCAUGAUCAAGUUAUGCAAGAGGUGAGAAGUCACUUUAGUCCUGAAUUUCUAAAUCGGCUCGAUGAGAUUGUCAUAUUUGAUCCUCUUUCACAUGAGCAUCUAGCGAAAGUCGCCAGGUUGCAAAUGAAGGAUGUUGCAAUCCGACUUGCUGACAGGGGUAUUGCUUUGGCAUUGACUGAUGCAGCAUUUGAUUUUAUUAUGGACAAGAGUUAUGAUCGGGUUUAUGGUGCUAGACCCAUCAGAAGAUGGCUUGAGAGGAACGUAGUAACAGAGUUAUCAAGAAUGCUGAUUGGAGGAGAGAUAGAUGAGAACUCAACUAUAUAUAUAGAUGCGAGACCAAAUGGAAGUGAGUUGCUGUAUCGGGUGGAGAAGAACGGAGGGCUCGUUAAUGCAGUCACAGGUCAAAAGACAGAUGUAUUAAUCCAACUUGCCAACUUGCCAACUAAUGAUGAUGAACAGAGUUGAGAAAUUUAAGGAGGAGGAAAUAUAGACGAGUAUUGGUUUUCUUCUCUUCUUUCAAAGACAGCUUUGUAAAAAGACUGGUUCUGUGGUAGUGAGACAUCAUGCUUGAGCAUUGAUCGAUGAUGUUCAUGUUGAUGCAAUGGAGUCCCAUUCCUUUCUGAAGCGACUUGUGGUGAACAGAAUAUCUGUGCAUGCAGAUCAAGUCCAAAUCUUCUAGUUGAUUCCAGUCUUGGAGGCAAAGUCUACUUGUUUGCCUAAUAAGUUUAGUUUUUUGUAAAUCUCUUUGUAAAUCUUUAUGUUUAAUAAGCAUA